CCUUGAACCUACAAAUAUAUUAUAUUCCACGCCUAGGGAAACCAGACAUCUAAGUAACUACAAUCCCGAAAGCCUAUAGGCACGCUGCUCAUAGAAGUUCGCCGGUCUGGUCGAAUUGAUGAUUAAUGUUGCGCGCCUGCAACUCGUUGUACGCGCCUUGUUACAGAUGUAAAGACGGAACAUACCGUCUGCCUCUUCAAAGGCCACGAGCUGUACUAUCCGGACGACAGAGCUCCUCAUGGCUGCGAAUGGCGACCUAAACCUGGUUGCUUCGUUGGUGGAUCGCCUGGCUACUCGUCUCCCCCAUAGGACUGGAUCCAGCUUUCGAGACCUACGGAGCGACGACCUAGUUAGUCUCACAAGAGCAACACUGAUAGAAGUUAGCAGCACAUAUCUCAGCACAGUUGCGGAAUCUCUUGUGUUACUCUUAGAGGAGUUGACAGCCCAGUACAAAGACCUCGAUACACACCCCCCACACGUCGUUAACUCCGAGCUGUACAUUAUCCAUAUCCUCGCAGACUGCUUUUCAGCGCACUGGGAUGCCGUGAAUCGAGUACCGAAUUAUCAACCAAAGAAUGCCGAUCAGCACUCUAUCUCUCGCAGUGGGCGUGUGGACAGUCACAGUGGCACGGAUGAGGAAGAGUCAGCCCAGGAGUCCGCCACCAGACGCCUAGUCUUGCCAAAAGCAUUAGAUGAUAUCCUCGCGGGAAGGGUUCUUGAAGCGGUCAAGAUUUUUUUAGCUCCUUAUCCCGAACAAUACACCUUGCCCGCAUCUACUAUUCUAGAGUACAGCAAUUGCAGACUUGCACAAAACAUACCGUGUCGCCUAGACAAUUCGGAUCCGGAAAAUAAUUCUUUUGGGAAAGGACCAGGUCUUUAUUCCACGGAUGGGACAUUGCAAGACAUUGAAGCCCAUGCAAGGACUAUCAUAGAGUUCUUGUCGGCCUCCAACUGGGAUCUAUUUUUUGAACAUUUGAAAACCUCAUUUCGGUUACUCCAAGUUGUAUUCCCUCUGCAAGGAAAUGGCACCCAGGCAGCCCCCGUCCUGGAUGACGACAGGAAUGCCUUAGCUACACUGCGCAUAGUGGCAUUCAUUUGGGUGGACAAGCGGAAACUCAGCUUAGUUCUGUCGGAAUUAUGCAGUUGUUUCUUUCACUUGCGGAAAACAUUCCAAAGUACACUGGGGCUUGCAUUGCCCAUCUUGAUUCUGAGAUGGGUAGAGCAAAACCCCGAUGAUUUUGUACUGAUGCAUAAUUCGCAUAGCAAAAUUGACGGGGUUGACCGCCUCUUUGAUAUUGCAAAUGGAAUGGUUGAUAGCAAUAGGUGGAAAGCCGUCCUUUACCCAUUUCAAAUUUUUCUUUUAUUUCUAAUUCCGGAUGUCUUCGAGGUCGCAACAAGCAUGCCAUCUACAGGCAGAUAUCUCGAAAAUGGCAGUUUGCCCAAAGCCAGUAGCGGGAUAUUCAAAAAGGUGUCCUUUUUAGAGAGCCUUCGAAAAGCUCUGCGCAAUAAAAACCCUGCUGCGGCUUAUUGCCUCAUAUCAUUGCUCCGAAUCGCGAGACAUUUUAGCCUCGAGGGUAACGACUCGGCACUUCUUAGCUAUGCGUUAGACGUGCAGGAGGAGGUGCGAGAUGCUCUAUUCAGAAAGAACAUAGUUGGGAGCGAAGGGGCCAUUUUUGACGACGGCCUCAUGACCGCUGCCUUUGUGAGCCUCACCCACCUCAACUUCGAAUCUUGCAAUGAAAAUAUUGCUCCGCAAUGCCUUUCUUCAAACGCGCCAAACGAUUUCAAACUGGCAUUUGUGUCGGCUUGUUCUAACCUAGCAAAACUACCGAACGCGCAUUUAUAUACAGAGCUAUUUGAGAAAAUUACAGGUCUUAUUAGGGAUCAUCUCAAGGAUCAUUCUCAUGAGCCCUAUGGAGCUCCAAAAUCAAGCUCAAGUAUUGCGGAAAUGACAUAUCGAUGCUUGGAUUUCCUCAACGUUCUCCCACUAACGCUUUUUGGCGGGGCGCCCUCAAACCCCGUUGACUACGAAGUAUUUUUCCAGGAAAACUUUGCUAUUCUUGUCGGUUGUCUUGUGGACGAAGAUCCUAAAGUCAGGCGUAUGGCCGGUUCUGUGACCAGAAAGCUGUUGAGGAAUGGGUCCGUCUUCCUGCUGCAUAAAGGAGCAAGCAAAGACUCGGGAUUUUUUCCUGCGAAUUUUUGGAGGUCAACAUCAGCAGUCCUUCUCAAUGUCCUAGAACAUGCAGCCAAGUUGGGUAGACGAGGAGACUCGGUUUUGUCUUUUAUACAUGAUUUUGUUGAAUCUAGGGUGGAGUUAAUCAGGUCCGCAAAGGAUGACUUAAUAUCUCAAGCUGAAACCCCCCAGCGCCUAGCAUCAUUGUCGAAGCUUGAGACAUACUUCUUAGUACGUCUUUGCUCUGCAGAUAUUGAGAUUUGCCAGAUUGUGACAGUUUGUGUGGGGCUUCUUUGCGAAGAGACGCAGAUGGUUGAUGCAGCCUACGACUCCUCGAAGUCCCCAUCAACUAUCAUGAGAAACAUUGAAGUAUACCAGGAUUUAUCCUCUCGGGAUUUUCACUUCACUGGGCUUGUUGCAUUUCAGAAACGAUUACGCUCCCUUUUACGGCAAAUGAAGCAUCCCAGCGCUGCAGUUUUAAGCGCGUGGGAGAUUGUUUUCGGCAGGUGGUACGACUUAUCCAAGCGGGCAUCUACGCACAGACAAGACGAAACCCUUGACGAAAGAUCUUUAGUCGAGUGGCGCAAUUGCUCUGGCUUCCUUGCUUCCUUAGCCGCGUUGUGUAUUUCAAAGCAGACCUCCUCGGUGAUUGAAGAGUCCGGUCUCGCAGGUCUAAAGUGGAUCGACCGACCCUCACAAGACAGCUAUGAUAAUACCUUAUUGGAUAGGUACAUGACGCAAAGUGUUCAGCUUUUGGCAUGUAACAAUGCUCGUAUCCGCGAAGCUAUGAGGGAGGUAUUGUCAACAGAGAUAUCUCCUUCGUUAUACCUCCCCUUGUUCAAAACCCUUGAAUCUGAGCUCGAGACGCUGUUCGAUGGACCAAUCGAUACGGCAAACCGUUUUUCUGACUCCAGAAUAGCAUUCGCUGAGCAGGCAGCAGCGCUAUUGAAGACGAUUAUAGAGAGGCUCGGCAGUCCCGCUGAUAUGGGCGCCGCCCUCUCUGUUGACAUAGGUGCUUUAACCCUAAACUUCGCCAGGUUUCUCAACAGUGUGAGCGAAGGGCUCCAUACCCUGAGAAUCAAGAUUAAAGUGUGCCAGUUAUGCGAGGUUGUAACCCGCAAAAAAGAGCUGCUUAAUUUGCGACAUGAUGUUCGGAUUAGGAAUCAACUUCUAGAGAUAAUGUUUGGAUGGAUUGCUCGGCCGGGUUCUCCAAAGGCCGAUAAUUCCGCUAUGGUCGACGGCAUCCAUCGAGAUGACGCUUUGAAACUUCAGAGAGAUCUAGACAGGGCCUGUUUGAAGGCUCUGUCGGAUCUGACGUUUCGGCUCCCUCUUCAGCCUCCUGAUGGACAAACUGAUGCCGAUACGAGUGAUUUAAAAUCCGAGAUGUUUCAUACAUAUUUCAAUAGGUUUCUAUCCCUACUGAGUUUUGAGCCCACCGAUCAGGGCAAAAAUGAUGUCGCAUCAAAUUUGUCGGCCAAGGAGGACUCCCUGUCCAUUCGCGAGCUGGCCAUUAUCGCACUAUCAAAUCUUUUAGGCGCAAACAUUGACGUAGGUCUCAAGCACUCCCUCGGCAUAGGGUAUCACGAAGAUCUAGAGAUCAGAACCGCGUUCGUAACCGUACUUUGCAAUGUUCUAGCUCAAGGCACAGAGUUCAAUAAUCUCUCAGAUGUUGCUGUUGGAGAGAAAUAUGACGAGUUAGUUGAAGUUCUGGUCAAUGACAUGACUUUAACUAUUGCUCUCUGCGACGCCUGUCCUAGUAACGAAGUGGACGAGUUGACCAUGUCACUUUUGAAUAUUUUCGACUCCAGGGGGUUGGGAUUUAUUCUUCUAGAAGAGCUGAUCAAGCACGAGGUUGAUAAUACAGAAAAUGAGGCCGAACUACUCAGAAGAAAUUGUGUCACCACGAAGAUGCUAUCUGUUUACGCACGUUGGAAAGGUUCAUCGUAUUUAAAAUCGACGUUGCAAAAGGUUCUGGAACGCCUCAUCGUCACAGCUCAAGACCUUGAUCUAGAGCUUGACCCUUCCAGAACGAGUUCCCCCGAAGAGUUGCAGCGCAAUACUCUCCAGUUAAGAGUCGUCGCCAAGGUUUUCAUUGACGAUAUAUGCAGCUCGGCCCCAAAUAUUCCCAUUUCUUUCAGGAAUAUCUGCAGUAUUAUAUCUUCGUCUGUCAUGACACGUUUUCCAGAUGCAAAGUUUACUGCUGUGGGCGCAUUCAUUUUCUUGCGCUUCUUUUGCCCAGCCAUUGUCGCCCCGGACGUCGAGGGGUUGAUUAGUACAGCGCCAUCGAAAGAAAUGCGUCGUGGACUGCUUCUUAUUGCCAAAAUUAUUCAAAACCUCGCAAAUAAUGUAUUAUUUGGCGCCAAAGAGUCAUACAUGUUUCCCCUGAACGAUUUUCUCACUCAAAACAUAUAUGAGGUGACAGCCUUCCUCCGGACGAUAUCGGUGGCCCCUCAUGUAGAAACUACUGGUAUCGAAAUGGAAUCAUUCGAUUUUGGGUCCUGUGUAGCUCUCCACAGGUUUUUCUACGACCACUGGGACCAUGUACGGCAAAAGCUAGUAGCCCAGCAACGCAAGGAUUCCCUUCAUUCUCCCCACGAAAUCACGCUGGGUCGUCUCCCAGUCACAGAGGCACUGCGGAAUCUCAUCAGCAACCUCGGUCCACCACCGAUGGAUAUCUCGUGGAAUCGACCAAUGAUUUCUAUGAACAGCCCUCCCUCAUACUCGAGGUUUCAGCAUUUCAUGUUGAGCCAUGCAGGACGAAGCACCGAGUCUGCCAUUUCAACUCGGACCGUAUACGAUGGUGGCGAGAGCAAGGACGGCCUAUCAAUGAUAUGCAUAAUUUUGAGAAACAUUGACGCCGAAACCAAUGAUUACGAUCUAUUAGUCUACUGUUACCUGAAGAUUGCUAGCCGCAUGUGGCACCGACCCUUUGGGAUAAUGAUUGAUGCAACAUGCUAUACCGGGCAAAACGAGCCUCAAGAUGCGUUAUUCAAGAAACUAGAUCUUCUUACACCCACAGAACUAUCGAAGAACUUGUCAUGCGUUUAUGUGUAUAAUAUGAACAGUGCGUUCAGGAAAUGUUUCCGCCGCAUACUGCGCUUGUCUGCAAAGAAUGAGAAUAGCGCAUUCCACCCUAAAAACGUGGACUACCAUCUUAUUGGCAGUCUGCAAGAUCUUCAAACACACUUUCAUCUCAGUCAACUCCACUUACCAAAGGAAACCAUCAGCGUAGUCACCGACACAAGAUUUGUCUUCCAACCCGUAACGAGGCUUUCAAAGACAAAGGGCAAAAUCGAGGUUAUGAUACAAGUGGGUAGCCAGUUCGUGCAAGUAACAACGACCAAGAAACAGGAGAUUGUUCCUGGCCUUAGGCUUCAUGCCACCGUAAAUGACAUAUUUCGUCUAACAGAAGUUGAUGAAGCUCCGACAUCAAUACAAACCGAAGAUGACUCUGCCUUUGGGCUUCGCGCAGACAGCGGCAAGAUCGUCAUGUAUUUUACAAGCCCGAGGAAGUCAGAUGUUCUCCAAGCUAUUCGAGGUGCCAAAAUCAAAUACUCCAAGGAUUCAAAGCCCAGCCAGCCAUUUGAACGACUUAUCCGGCCACAAGAUAUUCCAGGGACUCUCCUCAACAUCUCAUUCACAAACUUGGCAAGUCUCGAUCAGAAUCUUCGCAUAGCAGCAUACAACCUUCUCUGUGCGCUCUGCCAAACUUUCAAAUUUGGCGUGAACUCGAGUUUUAUGGCCUCCAAAGAAUUAUCCAUACCGCCAAGUGCAUCCCAUUUCAUUGUCACCGUGAGCAGACAACUUGCCGCUUCUGAGCCUCAACUCACAGCAGACUUUAUGAAUGAGUUUUUUGUUGGCUGGGAGAGCUUCCCCUUACAGCAGAGGCCAUUGAGUUUGGCAUAUCUAUCACCUUGGUUGUCGGGUCUGAGAAGCCAGGUUCUAGCAGUUGAAAUUGACGGCGAGAAAGCGAGAGAGCGAAUAGCUUCUAUCUUCAGGAAACUGAUAGAUGUUGCCGUACCCGACUCCACCCUCUGCAUAACCUUGGAACAGAUAAUAUGGCCUGUUAUCUGCGAGGACGAAGUCCUAACUGAUAUUUUAGUGGAUGAAAUUAUAAAGAGCGCAUUAACAUCCAGUAACAACGAGAGCCGUAUUUCACGCCUUGGCUCAAUUAUUGCAUCCCUCCAGGUUGUGACCGUUAGGGGCAAAUUGAUCAGCAGGUUACGAAAGGCACUCAAUCGGACUUCUCUCCGACCUACGAGGCUAUUGCCCGAUAAUUCAGUCUGGGACGAGAUAUGCAUACUAUUGCGACUCUGCUUAGCAGCCUCGUUUAAUAGUGGUGUGCAGGCGCACCUCUAUCUCCCUGAGAUAUCUCAUAUCAUCACCAUGCUGGCGAACACUGGCCCGGCACAAAUCAGGCUUGUGGUCCAUGGUCUUUUGGUAAAUACAGUUCACAUAUUGUGCACUUGCUUUUCGACGGACGAAAGUAAGCUCGUGCGGCUUAAAGUGAUUCUAGCGUCACUCUCCGAUCCAAAUACUAGCCAACAGGCAAAUCUCAGCGGAGUAACUCGAGAAGGCACGACAAUUUCGCACGCUCAGGAUCCAACAUGGCAAAUAUUGAGCUCAACAGAGGCACUCGCAGUACUCCUUUCGGAAGUAAGCAGCCUUGCAGCGUCGUCGGUUGAUCUUUCAAACGCCUGGCGUUCACGGUGGAUGAGUCUUGUCGCCAGUACAGCAUUCCAAAGUAACCCAGCCAUACAACCCAGGGCAUUUGCUGUCAUGGGCUGCUUGGCACGUGAAGAUGUGGAUGACGAUCUUCUUUAUCAAGUAUUAGUUGCUCUCAGGAAGAGCGUAAACCGCUUUGCUGAUGAAAACGAUAAUGAGAUGCUCGUCUCUAUUGUUACCUCGCUCACAAAGAUGAUGGAGAAACUCCCCACAACGUCGCGCUAUGGGCUACAGCUUUUUUGGUUGGCUAUGGCACUCGUGAGGCUUGUCCCUCUCAAUUUGUUUUCUUGCGCCGCGUCCUUUUUAGAGGCCGUCCUCAUAAACAUCAAUACAUCGGGAGAUUUGAAAGGCGGCCGUAUGGUACCUGUGCUACUACAGGGACGGUUGGCUCUAGAGGAUUCAGCUUCGCAACUCGAUGAAAGCUAUGGGAUACAUUUCAACAUCGACAACUUCCAUUUCGCAGUCUGUGCGUCAUUGGUUAAAGGCCUUACUGAUACUGUGACGAAGGCUACGACUGUCAAAGUCCUCUCUACGUUCCUUGAAAUCGCUAGCUCUAGCGCAUCAGGGGGGCGCAAAUUUCCAGAUGAUUUGAGCUGUCUUCCAUACCUAGGAUUGGUCAUGUCCCGAGCCCUAACUACGGAGGAAGCGAAGGGUAACCUUUGGCUUGCGGGGAUCAACGGGGACAAGAGCAGCACCCCGGAAGACGUCCUGGCCAUGAUAAACCUAGAUACCAUCAAGGAUAAGGAACUGCUGUUGAACACGGCUAUAAACCUUGUUGACUUUCGCUAUCUAGAAGAUAGUGUUCAGAAUCGGGGAUUGGUUUGGAUGAACAAGGUUGCUAUUACCAGGCCCACUGUAAUACUCCAUCUUUCCUGUCCUAUCCUCAGCAUCCUGGAUGAAGUGCUGUUAUCAAGCCAGAAUUCUGUGACUCUCAAGUCGGCACAGAUGCUUUUGCGAACCUUAACUAGAAACCCCAAACUGUCCGACACUGUUGACACUGCCCAGCUCUUGGAAGACGUUCUUGAAGACAUCGGCUUCGGUGGGCUAUGGGUGUCUUCUACAUUUCACAGCUCAGCUGAACGAGACGGGCAUUGCACGGUUUUAACUGACAAGCUCAUCGAACUCAUUAUCACAUAACACUCAGAACCACUGGACUAAAUCUUUUAUCCUCCCCGACCAGUUCUAGUGAGGGAAAAUACAUUUAAAAUGAUGAAUGAUAGUAUGAGAACCAUGACCACGGAAACUGAUCGAUAAUAUAUAUCACCGUACUAUACCCUCGAUGCGUUGCUUUCCUUCCUGGGGCGAAUUCUAAAGCUUCAAAUAUAGAUAGCUGCUACGAAUAUACAUACAUAUGGUGCAUGUUUAAAAUUAAACAGUCGGAACAGCUAUACAUGAUAAUAAUUGAAAU